AUGGUUUCACCUCCAAACCCUGAGUUGGAUUCUCAAUCCGGCGUCCAAAAGAUAAUCUCUUGCCGGACCUCCUCAUCAACAUCACAACCCCAAACCCCUCCCUCAGGACCCUACUGGCACCCCAACUUCACCACCUCCAUAACGCCCAUCAACUGCUGGUCCCACAACGACGAGCAUCAACCUAUCCCCCUCUAUACCGCUCUCGCCGCAGGCUGCAUAGCCAUUGAAGCCGACUGUUUCACCCCCUCCCACCAUCCCUCCUCUCACUUCCCCGCCUCCCUAUUCUCCUAUUUCUCCUCUAUACCCAAACCACCCCUCCCCACCAACGACCUCCUCGUCGGCCACGCCACCUCCGAACUGCAGCUUUCAAAAACCCUCUCAACACUCUACCUCACCCCCCUCCUCGAAAUCCUCACUCUUCAAAACAGCGCCGCCGGCAACCCCACCCCAAAAGUCGGAGUUUGGAACGAAAAUCCCCAUUUAUCCCUUCACCUAACCAUCGACUAUAAAACCAUCUCUUCAGGUCACGCCGGAAUAUCCAUUCUCUAUUCCCUUCUUACUCCUCUCCGAGACGCUGGUUUCCUCACAUACUACGAUACGCAUCUUGAGAAAAUGAUUUCUGGGCCCUUGACUAUUGUCGGGACUGGCGAUGCUGAUUUCGAUUUAAUAUGCGAAUACGAGCGAGUAGAAAUCUUCAAGGAUUGUCGAUUUAAUAAUUUCUUGUCGAGUCAGAAUCGGACGAAUUCACUGUAUGUGAGUGCGAAAUUGGGGGGAUCGAUUGGAUCGUUUGGGGUGGGGAGAGGAAAGGGGCCGUCGAGGGAACAGGUUGCGGUUAUUAGGAAGGAGUGUGGGGAGGUGAGGGAGAGGGGAUUGAUUCCGAGGUAUUGGGGGACCCCGGAUGAGGAGGAGUGGUGGAGGGUGUUGGUGGAGAGUGGGGUGGAGGUGUUGAAUUGUGAUGAUUUGGAACGAGGGGGGAGGUGGUUGAGGGGGUGUGUGGUUGAUGGGGUGGGGGUGGGAGCGGUUUGGAAGGAGGGGAUUAAGGAGGGAGAGGAGGAGGGAUGGGAAAGUGUGGGUGGGGGUGUGUUUGGGGGGUGUAUUGUAUUGUGA